AUGUUAAAAACUGCCGAUGCAUUGAAACAGAUCAAAAAUUUAUCCGGUUUAAGCGAAACCGGCUGUGAGAAACAACGGUCAUUGAUUUUACGUCUAAAUAUGGAAUAUCUACAAACGCUUCAACGAUUUAGUACGGCUCAACGUAUCGGUUGUCGACUAUUCAAUCGUAUCAAUGAUCAAGUUCCUCACGUGUCAGAACAAAAAUUAAGACCUGUCAAACAAAUUGAAGUGAAAACGUAUAAUCGUGAACCCAUCCAAGUGCCAAAAAACAAAACAAUAGUUCGUGACAGAAAUAAGCAGUGGCUAACAAAAGAAAUGCAAACGGCUCCAAUUCGACCGCUUAAUGACUUUCUUUUCGAUGCAACAUGGAAUAUACCAAAAUUUUUCGACGAUGAUCGAUUAAAGAAUAGGCUUUACGGCAAUUUAAUUUACUAUCAAACUAAUUACUUCGCAUUCGUCAUCGUAUGUUUGAUAAUUAUUGCAAUCAUGUUUCCUGUCGAUUUUCUAAUUCAUUUUGGGUUAAUACUGAUUGUCUACGUACGAAGAAGCAGCAAGUCAUUAUUUCCCACUAGAUUUCAGUUCAAUCGGAACUUAUCGUCGAUUAACCAUGGCAAUUCAUCUUCAUCCAAAUCUACAAAAAUUACUUUCGCUCUUUUUAAUAUCAUUACAGUUGCCAUCGUCUUUUACAAUAUAAGCUUUUUGAAUUUUUUGCUUAUUAUACUUUUUGGCAUUCUAUUGCCCGUACUAGGUAUUAUUUGUCACGCGAUCUUACGAAAUCGUAACUUAGCAAGUAAAAUCUCAAAUCAGCUCAAUCGUAUUCGUUCACGAAACACACCGAUGUCUAUUUUUCUUGAACAAUUCAAAUUUAUGGACGGAUUUAAGAUGGACUAG